AUGUCCGGCGAUGGAUGCGGAUUUUCUAGUGACAGCGGCACUGGUUUGGUCAGACGGAAACGACUACGGUGCCCCGCGACCUUUGAAACACAAACAUUAGAAACAAAUCGACAACCGGACUCGACCGGUAAGCCGCGAUCAUACUCACUACUGGUUUUGGAGGUCGUACACUGGCGCGUACGCUUUUUUCUCUGGUGCCAAGACCAUGAUAGUUAAUAAGCCCGUCUCGUUGCGUUCGUUUCGCUGCCCAAAUAUUGAUUUUGUUCUAAUAAGCAAACAUAAAUAUAAUAAUAUAAACAUGUUACUAAUAACAUGACGGUUUCGUCAUGCCCAAACAUUAAAACCACGUUAAUUGACAAAUUGUAGCCCAUUUUUUUUUUUUUUUUUACACAGAUCUAUUUCCUACAACUUUAUACCUAAUAGCCGAAUUCGGUAUAGGUACUAAAAUUAAUUUUUUAAAUGAUUUACCAUAAACACAGUAGUCAGUAUACAAUUUUGUAUGACGUAAUAGUUUUAAUUUAUUAAAAAGUUUAGUAUCGUUUUACUUAGUCCGAUAAAAUGAAACCAUUAGGUAAUUGUAUUUUUCUAUACUUUUUCUUUAAAUUAAUUCAAUAAUUAUGUAAUCUACCUAAUACUUAAAUACUUAAUUUGUUGAAUAUUUGUAUUCUGCUUGUUAAUUAACUUCAGUUCUACAAAAGUGUGAUGAGUAUGACUUUGUUAUAUGGUUCAGAAUAUUGGGUGGUAGACAGAAAAAUAGAACUGAAAUUGAAUAUAGAAGAAAUGAGAAUGCUUAUUUGGAUAAUUAGAGUGAAGAGAGAAGAUAGAAUAAGUGAUGAAUACAUAAGAGUUAAGUUGACGAAAUGAGAAAAUAUUGACUAAGAUAGUUUGAGUAUGUCAUGGGGAGAAAGGAAUCUGAAGGAGUGUUAUAAAAAUAAAUGCAAGAGAAAAUAGUUAAAGAAAAAAAGAUUGUUGAGAAUGAUAUAAGAACAGCCAUUAUAUGUGAGAUGGGUUCUGGUCAAGUGGAAGUUUAGAUAAGGGUAGCCGACCCAAAUAGUUGGGAUGAAAGCGAAAGAGAAGAAUUUAUAUUCUGAUUAUUCUAAAAUAAUGUUUUUACAGGUUCUGAAACAACACCUGACCAGAAGUUUGGUGAUUUAUUAUCGGAAUACUUAUUCUUGGAAUUAGGAAAGAGUAAAAAGGAUAUAUUCAACUUUGUGCAUUUAAGUCAGUCAAUGAGAGUUGUGAACAUCAAUAGUAAGUUAUUGACAUUAAUAAUUAUCAAUCAUUAUAAAUGGAUUCAAAGGUCAGUUGUGAGCAUAUAAUUGGACAAAAGAAUAAGGAAUUUUUGACUAAUUAUCGCAUUGUCCAUGCAUACUUUGUAUCCUGUCAAUUCAAAUAUUCACAAGCUGCUAAAGAUAAACUAGCUGUGUGUCACGACUGUAAGUUUACUGGGCCGCGAUUAUUAUCAUGCUUAUCAUGUGUAUAUUUUGCAUGUCCCUUACACUUAAGCCAACAUUUUAAUACUACCAAACACAGUUUUGGCAUAAAUCUGACCUUUGGUCACCUGUUUUGUGCAUACUGCAAUGACUACACCUAUGAUAUCGAUAUUUUGACCAUAGCAUCUGUAGCAAACAAAUUAAAACAAAGUAGAUCAAAACUGUAUACUGUUAAAUUUAAUUCUAUUGCUUUGGAACACAUCGACUUACUGAGACAAAAUAAUAAUGUUGCGUACACGAAUAACACACCAGUUCCUGGAUUUGUUAACUUGGGUAAUACAUGUUUCUUAAAUACUGUAAUGCAAGUACUCAUGCAUACACCUAUGUUACGCAAUUAUAUUUUAUCUGACCAACACAUAUGUCCAUUUUUAAAAGAACCCAGUAGCUGUAUUAUUUGUGAAAUUAGUAGAAUUUUUCAACAAGCCUAUGCGUUGAAAGUGAGUGUGAUUAGCUUACAAAACUUAUUAAAGAUAUUUUGGGAUAAUACUUGGUAUAUGGCAUCUGCUGUACAGCAUGAUGCGCACGAAUGUUUUAUUGCCAUGUUGGAUAUUAUACACAAACAUGCGAUAAUACAAAACGAAAACGACAAGGAUAUAAAACAUCUGGAAAACUGCCAGUGCAUCAUCCAUAAAAUGUUCAAAGGUGUUUUGCAAAGUGACAUUGUAUGCCAGAGCUGUAACAAUGUGUCAUCUAAAAUUGACAUCAUCAACGAUAUUCCUAUAUACUUUUCAAUGGAUUCAAAAGGAAAGUAUCCGACAAACAUAACGUUAAUGGCGUGCCUAGAACAAUUUGGGCAAAUAGAGUUGUUGAACGAUUUAGAUUGCACCAAUUGUCAAACGAAAAAGUUAUCCACCAAGCAACUUACUUUAAAACAUAUACCAAUGGUUUUGUGUUUCAUAUUGAAACGAUUUGGACAGCCAUCAGAUAAUGUUUCAAAUAAAAUCACUACUGUAGUUGAAUUCCCAGAAACACUAGACAUGGAGAAAUUUAUAAGAAGCAAAUCUGUAACUGAUAAUGAGCUUAUAAACAAUUGUCUUUCUUUUUAUGAAACUAUCUAUAAUUUAUAUGCUGUUAUCUGUCACGAAGGUUUAAUAAAUGGAGGACAUUAUUUAUCUUAUGUGAAACAGAGUGGUGAUUGGUAUCAAUGUAAUGAUAAUGUAAUUAGAAUGGUACCAUUCGAUGACGUAUUGAAAAGUCCUGCUUACCUAUUGUUCUACCAUAAAGAAUAUAUGAAUUACUAUUUGUAGAUUUUUGUACUUAAUAUGUAAAUAAAAACAUUAAAUGUAAUUUUACUUGCACAGAGGUGAUUGAGAAAGAAAUAAUAUUAAUUUGUUUUAAUUAUUUAUUAAUUUAAAUUUAAUAUGUACUUACAAGGUUUCUUUUAAUCUAUUGUUAUGUUAACAUUUAAUAUAAUAUCUAGAUGUAAUAAUUACAUUUGGUCUCAUUUUUUCAAUUAUUGUUAACUGUAACUUUUUUGUUUUAUUUUCAAAUUGAAUGAUGUGAUAUUUUUUUUAUUUUGUGAUAAUUUAUUAUUUUUAUUUUUUUUUGUUUAUAAAUAACAAAUAAGUGAAAUUAUCUAUAAUUUUAAAAUACUGGGUGUAGCACAAAUAUUUUACUUUUUUUAUAAUUUGUGGAAUUAUUACAUUUAGAUUACUGUUAUUCUACUACUUAAAAUAAUUCAAAUGUUACACUGUGCAUAUUUUUUUGUUUCUACCUAUAUUAUAUCUGUAUUAUAUAAUUUAUUGUUAAUGAAACAAUUAUAAUGAUUGUAUUCAAUUAUUAUUUAUUUAUAUACUAAAUUAUUAUUUUUUUACAGCGAAUAUUUGUCAAUGUAUUAUUAUUUAUUUUUUAGUUGUAAUUAUUUCAAAAAAUAAAUAGCUUACAUUUACGUUUUGAAAAAAUAACAAAACCUGAAUGUUUAUAAACAAUUUUGUAAUUAUAAAAUAUGUUACUAAUUUAUAGUUUUAAUAUGUAAAACUUUUUGAAAUUGUGUAACGUUUAACAAAAUUGUGUUCAUUAAAAAACAAUGAAAAUAUAGCCAUCUAAAAAAAAUGAAGACAAUUUUACUAUUGUGUUAUUAUUCUUACCGUUUGAGAUUCUAGUUAAUUAAAUACAAUGCUAUUGCAUUUUAAAUAAUGGUAAGAUAAAACUUAUUUAGUUAACAAUUUUUUUUUUUUCUGGGGUUGGUGACUACAACUUUAUCAAAUUUUUUUGCCCAAUAUUUCUGUUCAACAACGUAAAUAGUUUAUGUUACAUGUUCAUGGCUGUACCGAUACUAGAAUCCACAAUUGUAACGGGUGUGUCUGUCUCUCGUGACAAGUUUAUCAGUCAUGAAUACAAAAAAAUAAAAACAAAUUCACAAUUAAUUAAAUCAUCUCUAUGGAUAUGAUUAUGUAACAUAAAUGUAUAGACAAUUAUAAUAAAUAUUAAUUAUUGAAUGGUAAUGGUUUUUUCUAGACACCACAAAACUACUCAAUACAAUUUUGCAUGACGAAAUAAUAAACACUCAGUUCGAAUUUGAUGUCACAUUAACAUGUUUGGGUUUAAACAAUCCAAACAAAGACAAACCUCUAGAAAUCAAAAACAGAAAUGACAAGGACAACAACACUGAUGUUGCACUAUCCCUAGAUCCGGUGGCUUUACAAUCAUCACUGUUAGAAGAAUCAAAUUUCAAAGAUCAGUUUUUCAUUACCAGAAGCUCAUUUCAGGUAAAUAUUUAUCUUGGAUAUGUAUUACAUGAUAAUCAUUGGUAGUGGUAUUAUUCUCUUUUUUUUAAUAUGCAUAAUUUUAUCUUUUCUUCAGAUCAUAUGUAAUCACUUAAUGCAAGAAUUUGGUAGCACAUCAUAUAAAAGAACAGAACUGGACGUUGAAAAACAAUUGUUAGUCGCUCUGACAUACUUAGGAACAGUUCAGAGUUACAAGUAUAUAUUAUUAUUCUUCAUAAUCAAUAAAAUACUAAGUAGUAAUUUGGCAGUUUAUUUGAUCUUUGAUGUAUACUAUAAUUAAUAUAGGGAAAUAGGGUCAAAGUUUCAAAUAGCAAUUAGCUCUGCUCACAAAUGUGUCAAUGAUAUUACAAACACAUUGUUUAAACGUAUGGGUGAACUGAUAUAUUGGCCAAUCGAUAAUCAAGCCCAUGCAGAAAUAAAAGCAUUUAAUGAAAUGCCGGGCAAUCAAUUUCCCGGUAUACUCGGUGUAAUCGGAACAGUAGAUUUAAAAAAAUCAAGUACUGCUAACCCAUCCAAAUACACCAAAAAUGGUUCUUCGAUAGCAAUUCAGGUAACAAUACAAUAUUCAAUAAUAAUGCAAUACAAUAUUUCUAAGUAGUAUGACAAUUGUUAUGCAAAUAAACAUCGAAUUGACUUAAAAACAAUUCUCAGAGGAAGGGAUAUUCAAAGGAUCCCCCUACAAGUAUGCUAAUAUGCUGAUACCUUUAAUUAUAAAGAAUAAUUUCUACUUUAUAUAGCAUUUAUGUAUUAUUUAUAAAUCAAUAAAUGCAAUAAUAAUUUUAAUAAUUUUAUAAUUUAAUAAAUAGGGUUGAGUCACCAUCUAUGACUACUCAAUUAUAUUGUAUUAAAAAAAAAACUUUGCACCAUUAUUUUUAAAACUUUAAAAUAAAUAGGAUUCUAAAAAUAAUAUGCAAAAUUUUGAGGAGGUGUUAAACUAGAUUUAUAUCAAUUUAUUUACUGGUUUGUAUUACCAACAUAUAAAUAGCAUAGGAUGGUCAUAGAAGUUGUACAUAUAAUUUUUCUCAUGAAGCUAUGAAAUAUUAACCAAGUAUUGGGUUAGUUGUAAAAUAUAGAUAGUUGAAUUUUCAAUUGACCGUGGACAAAAUAAUAAAUGUGUGUAUGAAAGAAUUCUUAAGGUGGCAAUAGAUGGUGAUUCCACCCAAAAUUAACAAUAAAUUGGUUGAAUAGGCAACAACUAUUAAUUAAUUUUUAGUAUAAAACCUUACUUGAUGUAAAAGGUAACAACACAGACAACAUUACAUUGUCAUUAUAAUCGUUACAUCACUGCAACAAAACCAAGCACUUAAAUCUUAUAAAUCAUAAUUUUUUUAUGCUACUACUCGUAUGUAUAUUUAAGAAAUAUAUAGAUUGAAUAAUACAUACGUAUAAUACAAAUAUUUUAUUGUAAAAUGUGUAUUUGAUUUUUAAUUUAUAUAGUAUAUUUUUAUUUGACAUAGAAAUUUCAAUAAUUGUCAUUCCUUAAAAAAAAAAUUAACAGUGUAUUUUAUAACUAAUAGUGAAUAAUGUUUAUUUACAUUUUACAGUGUGUAUGCAAUAAUAGAUACCAAUUUUAUAAUGUCUUCACUAGUUAUUUGAACAAAUCGGCUGUCACUACAUCGACAUUUCUAGAAAGUCCUUUAGCCGAAGUAAUUUUAAAUGAUCCACAGACCCUAUUUCCAAACAGCAGCACUCAUAUUGUUGGUCAAUACUGUUACCCUUUGCUACCUAACCUUAUGACACCAUUUUUUGAUGUUUCUCACAAUACAGAUUCACAAAACAUCUACAACAAUGCUAUUGAAGUACCAUUGAAUAUUAUAAAUUUGGCAUUUGGCAAACUUUUGGGACGAUUCAAAAGACUACUGUAUGUUCAAAAUAUAAAACCUACAUAAAAUGUUAUUUAAAAUUUAUAAUUUAUAAUACUUUUUGCAUUUUUAUAAAAUAGUUGCUUAGAUUUAUGGGGACAAGAAAAAUUUGCUAUAUUGAUAUUUGCUGCUUGUUGCUUGCAUAACUUGUGCCUGGGAAAUAAUGACGACGUUGACUGCACACCUUACGAAUGCUGCGCAUUCAUAUGUGAUUAUUACGAUGAAUUCAGUGUUCAAAAACGACAAGAAAUAUGUAAUAAAUUGAAUUUAAGUUUGUAA